AUGUCGGACCUGGCGCCCGAGGAGAGGUCACCAUCCCCGGGAGAACCCCCAUCGCCGCUUCGGGCCGGGGCUCGGUACUUCUGUACUGUCGGCCGCGGCCUGGAGCCCUUCCUCACGGGAGAGGUUCGAGCCCGCCUGGCAGCAAGAGGAAAAAUAUGUAAUGAACUUCAAAGACUUGUAACUGGGGAUCCCAUGUGUUGGGUACGUGCUAUUUCAAUUUGGAGAAGUCUUCUUGAAUUGGAAGAAAAACUUCUACCUGAAGUGUCCAUACCCUCCAAAAGGAAAACAGGAGAAAAUGAAAACAUCAUUACCAAGAAGUUAAAGAAAGAACAAACACUAGCAAUGCCAGGGGAUACAGAAUGCCAGCUGGAAAAGCAAAAAAAUGACAAGAUAGAGGAGCGUAAAGAUCUGACGCCUGAAAACGAAAACUUUCAAGAACAGUCUGAAAAUCACGGGAAGAAAGAAAUUGAACAUUACCAGGGAAAAUUCACUUUCAGAGUUUCUUGCCGCUGUAGUGGAACAAUCGCAAAAGCAUUUACCACAGAGGAGGUGGGAAGAAUAAUUGAAAUUGCUCUUAUAAAACAGCUUGGCUGGAAGGCAGAUUUGAGAAACCCCAGUAUAGAGAUAUUUAUACAUCUAAAUGAUGUUUACUCCGUGGUGGGGAUUCCUGUUUUCAGGCUUCCUUUGGCAAGCAGAGCUUACAUCAAAGUGGCAGGACUUCAUUCUACCAUAGCUUGGACAAUGGCAUCUCUUGCUGAAAUCAGUGUAGGUGCAGUUGUUUUGGAUCCAACGUGUGGACUUGGAACAAUCCUGUUGGAAGCUGCCAAGGAAUGGCCUAACGCCUAUUAUCUGGGUGCUGAUGUAAGUGACUCACAGUUACUGGGUGCUUAUGACAAUCUGAAAUCUGCUGGUCUCGUGGACAGAAUAGAAUUACUUAAGUUCUCCGUAACAGAAUUGCCAUUACUUUCUGAAAGUGUUGAUGUUAUUAUUUCUGAUGUCCCAUUUGGAAAAAAAUUUAAAUUAGGAAAAGACAUAAAAAGCAUUCUUCAUGAAAUGGAAAGAGUACUUUGUGUUGGAGGGACUACUGUAUUAUUGCUUAGUGAAGACCUCCACAGGAACCUACAAGAUUUUAAGGAAAGUAACAUCAUAUGGAAUUCUAGUAAGGACAACACAAAUGAAUUCAAAAUUGUAAAGUAUGUGAACGCUGAAGAAAAACAUAGAAUUGAAGAGAAUGUUUCAUCUUUGUUUCAAGACCACAGACAAGACUGUUUGGACAAAAGGCCACUUUUUGGCACCUUGGUACAGAUGGAAUGCCACAAAGUUAGCCUUGGAAGAACCAAGGCAUUCAUAUCGAAAUAUAAGAAAAUUCAUGCUUCUGGACUAUAACAGCCUUCUUAAUUUGUUUCAGGUUAUAAGUUUAGCAGUUUAGUUUUAGGUGUACAUUGGUAGAAGACCAGUGAUCUUUAUACCACAGUCCACGUAAGUAAAUUCCAUUAAAAUUAUUCCAUAAAUGAGCAGUGGAAAGACCUGCCACCACUGAAA